AUGGAGACAAAGCGUCCUCUUCGGCUGUUGCGCCUGCUUACCCAGACGCUGGCGACCGCGGGGAGCAUUCCUCUUCAGGUCGUUCUGGUGGUAUUCGACCGUUUCCUCGACAGGGCCGCCACAGCAACCGCGAGCGAGGGACUGGAGCUGUCUUCCGCCGCGCUUCUGCAGGCCAUCAAGGUAAGGCCCGUUGAAGCUUGCGCCGCGGCUCUCGUCACUCGCUGCGGUACGCGUAUGGCGCGGCUAGCCGAAAUCCUCGAGGAUGGAGAUCGAUUGGUCGCCAGAUGGACCGUUAUCCAAGACAACGGGGAAGAAACUGACCUAAGUGCUUACAGGGCAGAGGCCCGGUACUUUCCAGGGUAUGGACUGUGCUUGGCGAAGCUACCCGACCCUCUAAACGCCACCAUGCUCCUCUCCGCUGCCGAUCGAACAGCUCGUCUAGUGAGAAGCGACUUGGGAGGUUGGUGCUCUUGGCCUACCAGAUACAGGAUAAGAUCUAGGGGUGACGGCCUGGACGUCGUCUUCGAAGACCUGCGAGAGCGAGAUUUCCUCUGGAUCAUUGAGAACAUGACGUACGUACUAUAG